AAUUACGACCGCAAAAUAUCUAUUUACCCUUAGGCUGAUCGUACGCCCUCUAUUAUACAUAAUACACAUUUCCUUUUUUUUUAUCCCUUCACAGGAAUUGUAGCAGCUUAUGCAUUGCGUGAUUCAUUCAUUAGUGUGUGUUUUUUUUUUUACCUCGGCCCAUGCACACGAGCUUUAGACAUUGUGCUUUAAUAUCGAUAAUGACUAUCGAUUGAACUGCUAAUAUGGCCGCCGCUCAUCAGUGGGAUUUGUAUCUCGUUCUGUGUGGGGGUCUUCAGCAUCCUAUACAUUAUAGGCCAAUUGAUUCGAGUGGUUGUCUCGUUGCGCAUCACCAGUAAGCAGAAAGAUUCCGGAUGUUCAGUCUGGAACAUCAGUUAAGCAGAUGGACAGACCCUUUUUGCUUGAUGGCUGAAAAACCCAGCGGUCCGCAGCACGCAAUACACACGUGGUGGUGGGGGAAAGAAUAAAAGCCACGCCUACUCUCCCGCCCUCCAUCACUGUACAAGGUGCUCAACAAUCUCCGCCCAUGUCUCCGCCCCUUACGGACGAUGGUGGCCGAAAAUACGAUCGCCCAUUGGUCUCGAUCCAUGACAGGAGGAGGUGGCUUGAGGGAGGAGUCGCCUCGGGGAUUUGCCGAGGCUGACGAAAAAAAUUGAAAGAGAAACAACAAAAAGAAGGAAAGGAGAAAAAGAAGAAUAGGAAGGGAGGGAUCAUCAAUCAAGUGGACACCUGCAAUCAGAAUUUCAAGUGCAUCUGGAAAAGUGUAAGAAAAGGAUUCGUUCAGGUGCGAUUGAACGAGUGACUUUCGUUUCAACAAUAACUGGUUCACGAUGCAUCACAGCCGGUUAGAACCCAUCAAAAGGUGAAGACAAUCACUCGCUUUUGAUUAUCACGGAGCUUAAACUGAAGUGGCAACUGUGGAAAGUGUUUUCAUCUGUUACAUUUUUUUUUCUUCUUACGUUAUCGACAGAAAAUAAAAAAUGUAUUAAACAAAUACGAUUUUCAAACAUGUUGGGAUUCGGCUGAAAGGAAUUUUUGGUGUCUAAUCAGAAAAUAAAACACGAAAACCAGUUCUUCGUGUGUUCCGUGUCGUGCAGUGUUUUGUGUAAGUGUCAAAGUGUUUUGCUGUGUUCUGUGUGUGUGUGUAUCUGUGGAAUAUAUUUCGAUUCGGUUUACACCAGUCCUUCCAGCACUUAUCCACCUGUGUGUAAUCAACAAAAUAAAAGUGUCUCUGAGUGUCUUUUGUGAUUUUAUUACCCGCGUUAGUUGAUAUUCGAAAAAUGAAUCAACUGGGCACCGUGUACGCCACCAAGCGUCGGCGUCGCAACGGCAAAAGUUUGAAACCGUCACCGAAGGAGAGCUCAGGUAAGAGCAAUCCGAGUAAACGGCAUCGCGAGAGACUGAAUGCCGAGCUGGACACAUUGGCCAGUCUUUUGCCUUACGAGGCAUCCAUCCUCUCCAAACUGGACCGUCUCUCCAUCUUGAGGCUGUCCGUCAGCUACCUGCGCACCAAGAGCUAUUUUCAAGUCAGUUGCCAUAAGGGGAUCAAAGGUGAGCAGCAACAACAUCAACAGCACGGCGGAGGCCAUUUUUUGUUGCACGACAAUCAGUUUCGCAAUCGAGACGUGACCAUCUUCGACUCGCCGUCUCUCGAUGGCGAAAGCUUCCUCCAGGCUCUGAAUGGAUUCCUGUUGAUUUUGACGAGCGACGGCGAGGUCUUUUUCGCCACGCACACCAUCGAGAGUUACCUGGGAUUCCAUCAGUCGGACGUGGUGCAUCAGUCGGUUUACGAGCUGGUCCAUUCCGAAGAUCGUGAAGAGCUGCAACGUCAGUUGACGUGGAGUUCUCAACUGGCGGCCGAUUCCGGACUGACGCUGCUUGAUGCCCUCAGACCCGACAAUUCCAUGAUCCUCGAACGCUCCUUCACCGUCCGCUUCCGCUGCUUGCUGGACAACACGUCCGGAUUCCUGAGACUCGAUAUCAGGGGUCGUGUGAAGGUGUUGCACGGCCAGAACCGCAAGAUGGAAGAGCCUCCGCUGGCCUUGUUUGCCAUCUGCACUCCGUUCGGACCUCCGAGUCUACUCGAAUUGCCUCACAAGGAGAGCAUGUUUAAAAGCAAACAUCGGCUCGACCUCGCCCUCGUCUCCAUGGAUCAAAGGGGCAAAGCCCUUUUAGGUCACAGCGACGCCGAACUGUCGUCGUUGGGUGGCUACGAUCUGGUCCAUUUCGACGACUUGUCCUACGUUGCCAGCGCCCACCAAGAACUCCUGAAGACGGGCGCUUCGGGCUUGAUCGCCUAUCGUCUGCAAACGAAAGACGGGCAGUUCCAGUGGCUGCAGACGUCGUCACGGCUCGUCUACAAGAACAGCAAACCCGACUUUAUCAUCAGCACGCACCGGCCUCUCAUGGAGGAGGAAGGACGAGAUUUGAUGGGCAAACGCACGAUGGACUUCAAAGUCAGUUACCUGGACGCUGGAUUGACGAGCAAUUACUUCACGGAUCAGGAGGCUGGAUCGGCCAUUUCGGCCGUGUCGACGACGGUGGCGGCGGCGGUGACGACGACGACGUCGAUCACGACGGGCCAGACGGUUCUGCCGUCGCACGCGGCCGCAGCGACGGCCCACCCGCCUGGCACCCAGAAGAUCGGGCGCAAAUAUAAAAAUCAGCUGAGGGACUUCCUCAGCAAUUGCCGGACGAAACGGAAAAGUGGCAGCGUCGGUUGUGCGUCGACGGGCGGCGUCGUCGGCAACGGCCUGGCUACGCCGCCCGAACCCUCGCCCGUCCAUUACCUGUCGGCCAGCAGCAACAGCGUCGAGUUGGCUGGCGGCGCCGGAUGGACGACGGCCGUUGGCGGAGGCGGCGCGGGGUCGGCGGCCGCGUCUUCGGCCGCGGCCUCGGCUGCCGUGGCAGCCGCCGCGACGGCCUAUUCGCCGUCCGUCUACCCGGGAGCCUCGGUGGCGGCGGCGGCCGCAGCGGCCGCCACUGUCCCUUACCACGCGGACGCAACCAACAGCUUCUACCACAGCGCCAUGCACCACCACCACCACCACCAGCUGGCGGCCCAUCACCACCACGCUCACCACCAACCCAACGCGACGUUGCAAAAUCUGCAGAAUUUGCAUCAGAGCUUUUACGGCUCGCCGGCCGCGCUGGAUCACAAUCGGUUCGGCAUCGGCGUCGUACCGACGGUUGCGGCCGAGCACAAUCUCUUCCAUCACGGCCACGCGGCCUACGCUCGAGGGCUCGGUGUAGGAGCGGCCGGAUAUUAUGCGGCCGACUAUUCGCCCUACGUUCACGCGGCCGCGGCCGCCACCACCAACGGAUUCCUGACGGCCGGCUACGAUUCCACUAUCGGCGGUAUGAGCCAAUUGUACGGCGGUAGCAGCAACAGCAGCCCAGCUGGCGGAGGAGGUGGCGGCGGUAGUCCGUCUGCUGUCGAGAGCAAGUACGUCAGCAGUGCCAGUACGAGUACGACUGGCGGAGGUGUGUCGAGCUUGGGUCGUCUCACCAGUCUGCAUCAUCAUCAUCAUCUUAAUAACAAUAAUAAUCAUCAUCAUCAAGCUGGCGGAGGCGGUGGUGGAGGAGCAGGCCUAGGUCUGCUAUCAUCCGGCGAGACGGAGCCAUCGUCAGAGUCGUCGGGCACCAGCACCAGCAGCAUGGCCGGAGGUGAUAGUCCCUACAACAACGGCCAUCACAACACCAACAAUCACCCCCACCACCACCACCAUCAACAACAACAACAACAACAACAGAGGAAUAAUCUCGGGUCGGCUUCCAGGCCGAAUUCGCGCAAAGCGAUCGACCAACAACAACAACAACAACAGCAGCAGCAAAUGAUGCAACAACAACAGCUGUUGAAAUUGGACAAGUACGGCGGCGAUGGAAGAGACUCUAGCGGGGGGACGUCGUCGUCUGGAUCUUCGACGGCUAGCGGAGUUUAUCCAGGUGGGACGAGUAAUAGCAACGAUACCCGACAGACUGUGCUCAUGUGGGGAUCGUCGGGUCUAACGCCACUCGGUGCCAACAACAACAGCAACAGUUCGGCUGCCAACGACGACAGCGGCGGCGGUGGCAAUGGAGUUGUUGUCUCCAUGACGACCGCCGAUUUAAUAACAUCCACCACGGCUGCCGCUGUCGCCGCCGCUUAUGCCGCAGAUUGCGGCGUAUCGGAGACGGGCAUCGGCAAAACAAAGUACGGGACUCAUCACGGCUAUAACGGCCAUCACCAGCAGCAGCAACAGCAUAGCCAUCACGUCCAGCAGCAGCAGCAGCAACAACACGAUGGAGCUGUGAGCAAGGCCAGCAACGGUGUAGGCAACAACAGCAGCAGCAACAACAACCUGGAGAGCAACGGCGGCAGUUUGAACAGCGCCUGCAAGUGGGGACGGGUGGGUCCCCACUACCUUUACGGUGCGGCGGCCGCGGCCAGCGCUGCCGAAGUGGCCGGCAGUACCGAGGUAUCCUGGCCUCCGCACCAUCACCACCCCACAGCACCUCACCACCACCACCCACAUCAAUAUUAUCCUUACCCAUACCAUCACCAUGCGCACCACCACCACCACCAAUCACCGCACCACAGUGCCUCCUCCAUCAGCUGCACCUCGGCGGAGGACCCUGCUGCUGUCCUACACCAGUACACCAGCAGCAGCUCCAGCAUCAGCAAUCUUCAUCAUCUCCACUCCACGGCGUCCAUUGUUCCGGCGGCUCAGCAGCUGCAUCAGCAGCGCAGCAACACAAUUCCCGUAGCCAAUCACAGCAACAGCAGCAACAGCAGCACCUCGUCAUUUGCGGAUCCGAUCGCAAUAGCUCGGACCGCAGUCCUUUGUUGUCCUUCUCCGAGGUGACAAACACCUUACUCAACAAUCAACACGGAAUCGAUCCAUAAUGUUUAAUUCUUUAAUUUUAAAUCAAUAACGACUGUGGGAUUUAUUAUUAUUAUUUUUUAAAAAUAUGCUGUGGAAUUUGAAGGUUGAGCCACAAUUCCCACGCCUUCCUAACCUGGAAAUGAAACAAAAAAAAUCGAAAUUUCAUUUUUGAAGCACAAAAAAGUAUGUUGGUAAAUGAACGGACGAUCUCCGAUUAUUAUUAUUAUUUUUAAUUAUUAUUUAACGAAACAAAGAAAGAAAAGAAAAAUGUAAAACGAAUUCAUUUACUGCUCUGAUUGAUUAGCGCCGUUUCAGCUGUGAUUUCACACCAUCCGUUUACUUGCGUCCCCCCACUUGUUUCCGGUUCCCCACAUUUCCUCAGUGCAUACAUUGCAAUUGAAAUGUUUUCAAUUUUAAAAAUACGUAAACUCGAAUGAAAUGAUGUCUCACUUGAUGAAAGAAACCCCCCCCAUCCCUGCCUAAUCCCAUUGAAACGUGGUUUAAUCUCGAUGGUCAUUUGACGAUAUCUUCUGACUCGUUUGAAAUUUACACGACGUGGUUCAUUUGUGUUUCUACCCAUCGUGCGUUACCAACAAGAUGCGUCUAGUCAAUUGUCGCGAUGAAAUUGUUUUUUUCUUUCUUCUCGUAUCAUAAGCCCUCGUCCUCAGUUGCCACGAUUUCUAACCCAAUCUAAAAAAAAAAUAAUGAUAAUAAUAAUAAGAACUAAACUGCUAAAUAAUUGGCUCCCCGUUAAUUCUCUGUUUCGCGCUUUAAUUUUUUUUUUUUACUAUUUAAUUUUAGAAAUUUAAAAACAAAAAAGAAUGGGGUUAAAUUCAUUGCUAUAAUCUUCCUCCUAUAACCCAUUUGAAUGUUAGUACAUCAAUUCGUGUAUUUUAUGUUUUGUUUGAGAAUUUUGUUUGGUGAAGAAAAAAAGAAAAUUCUUUUCUGA